AUGCCAGGGCCGGUGGGGCCACAGCUGGGGUCAUUCGUACCAGUCUCUGCGGCGGUAGCCGUCGCCUUCCACGGCGAGUUAGGUGUCCUUUCGGUAGCCUUGCCCUCGUGUAGUGUCUCCUCCAUUGAGGAGGGUGCAGGUGAUGGCCUCACCCCCCAGGCAGCGCUGCAGUUUUUUGUUUCACAGCACCCCGCUCUUGCAAUUCUUGCCGCUCUGGCCCGUGCGCUCCCACCUUUGCUUAUUCAGUUUGUUUCUGCGGCUCGAGCCAGGCCCGCCUUUCCUGUGAUGCUCGGGAACGCGGAGCGGGUGCCACCACUGUGCCUACCACGGAUCAGCAAAUGGAAGUUUGUUAACAUGCACACCAGCUGA